AUGUCGCUCCACAGCCCGCCGCCUCAGUAUGGCACGGACAAGUCCCCUCCGUCCUACGAUGAGCUUAUGGCACGCGUCGAAGCCGAAGUCGGGAAAGAUCCGACCCCAGAAAAAUAUCUUCAAGUUGUCGGAAGCUUGAAUGACCAAGAAAUUGACAUCCUAGCCGAUAGCUCAGGAGAGGGAUUCCCUCCUGUCGAAAGCGAAGAAGACCUGAAGGCGCUGAAGCGAACCUUGGCACGGGAAAUGCAGAGUGAUUUCCUCAAGGCCAGCGCUAAGGCCAGCGCCACAGAGGCCACAGAGGCCGCUGUGCGACUCUAUCGGAUUUUUGAUAAGAUCCUUCAAAAGAUCAUAGAGCUAGAUGCAAUUGAGGUUUCAGGGUUCGAGCCAGAGAUGAGGGGGUACCUUCUGGAAUACGACGCGAUUCUUCAGCUGGCAGGUCGGGUUGCCUUAGACAUGGAGCCCCUGGGUGAACACUUCGAUAAAAUGCUUUUGCCAGUAUGCUACAACGACAAGGUCUCCAAGGAAGCCAAAAGACAGCUGGUGGACAACUUCCUCAAGGACACAGCGCAACAGGAAAAGGACGCUAGAGAGGCACAAAAGCGAAUCAGAGAGUUAAAGGAAAAUUUCAACAGAUUUGUCGCCAAAUUCGACGAUUGGGGGAAGGAUAAAGAGGGAGAGCUCCUGGAAGAGAUCAAACAACUUCAAAGAGAUAUCCAGGGCCUCCGUCAGGACAUUCUGAAGGUUGAAAAAGAGAUUGAAGACCUGCAAUUCGUCAUGAAAUUGGUUUCCAGCUUGUCGCUCAUUGGCUUACUCUUCGGUGGCUGGACCGCCCUGAUCAUCGGGUUGGUAGGCGUGAUUGGGGUUGCAGCAACGGCCGCAGCCAUCUCAGCGAAGCAAGAGAAGAUCAAGCGAUUGAAUAAAGAGAUUUUAGCCAAGGAGGGCAAGAUCCAAGAAAAGGAACAAGAGAUCAAACUUAUCCAGGAAGCCCGGUCAAUGCUGACCACCUUGCGGGACUCGAAUCUCGACACCAUCUCGGCCGAUAUCCUUCUCGUGGAUAAUUUCUGGCAGAGAAUGAGAGCGGACACCUUCGCUCUCCUUGAUUACGUGGAAGACGGUACAGCGGUGAGAAACAGUUUUCCUUCUCUGCGGGUCUUGCUGAAGUCCGGUGAUUAA